AUGGAUGCAUCAAGUCAAGCUUGUGGAACAGCUACUCCUGCACCUACUUCAGCUGCUACACCUACACCUGCUACAGAUACAGUUGUUGGAUCCUCUAUCCAACCAACAUAUGGAUCAGUAGAGCCAGAGACAACAACAAUAUAUGUAGAAGCUACUUCUACUCAAAUGGGUGGUAACACUGAUAAGAUAACUUCUGACAUUUGGAAUCAUUUCACUAAAAACAAUGUUCAAGAAGCUGAAUGUAAUUACUGCAAGAAGAUAAUAAAGGCUCAUUCUGGAAGGAAUGGUACAAGUGGAAUAUGGAAGCACUUUAACAGAUGCAAGAAGAACCCUAACAAGCCAAAGCCAAAAGGACAACAAACUCUGACAUUAAAACCUGAAACACUGGGUGAGGAUGAAGGUCAGUUAGUCUCUACUAUUUUCAGUCAAGAAAAAUGUAAAAGGGCAGUUGUUGAGUUUAUUAUAAUUGAUGAGAUGUUCUUUAGAGUAGUUGAGGGUGAAGGGUUUAGGAGAAUGAUGCAUUUCUUAGAGCCUAUUGUUGUACCAAGUAAUGACUGUUUACAGAAGUUUAUUAAAAAUUUAGAAAAGAGAAUUAUUAUGUUUUGUGAGGUUAGUGGUCACAAAGGAAUUGGUAUUGGUGAGACGUUGGAGAAGUGCUUGUCAGAUUGGGGGAUUAAAGAUGUUUUUUCUGUCACUUUGGAUAAUGCUAGUGCCAACAAGGUAGCAAUGAAUUAUUUGACCACUAGUAUUGUUUUAAUGACAAGGGAAGAAGAGAGAGCUAAGUACUUGCAUGUAAGGUUUGCAACUCAUGUACUUGCACUUGUGGUAAAAGAUGUUGUAAGGGUAUACAACAAAUCAAUUGAAAGAAUCAGGUCAGUUGUCAAGUAUAUAAAGGGUUCUCCAGCUAGGUUGGCUAAGCUUAGGCAGUCCUCAACUAAGGUAACAACAAAUAUUUUCUUAUGGAAAUUAGUUAUCAUUUAUGAAAAACUAGUUGCAUUUAGAGAUAAUGUAGAUGAAGAUCCUUUUAUUGCAACUAUGGAUGCCAAAAUGUUUAAGAAGUAUAACAAAUAUUGGGUUGAUUAUGCAAAGAUGAACUUUAUAACUUUUUUUGCCAUGUUUUUAGAUCCUAGAGAGAAAGAAAAAGGACUAGAAUUUGCUCCUGAGUGUUUGUAUGGGAAGAAGUCUUCAAAGGUUGAAUCUGUUAUGAGGAGUGUGUUAUUGGAUUUUAAUAUUCUAUUUGAAGAAUAUAAGGAUGUGUAUUCAGUUCAUGAAGAGCAGUCAAGCACUUCUAUGCAGGGACAAGCCAAAUCAGUGCUGAGUAAACCAGGGACAGGGCCAAGUCGUAUGAAAGAGUUUAUGUCAAGGAGUAAGAUUUUCAAGAGCAACCCAGAUGAUGAUGUGGGAAAAAAUGAGUUGGAUAGAUAUUUCAUAGACAAGUUUGAAGAAGGUGAAGGAGAAGAUGUUGAGGCAUUUAUUUGCACUCAAAGCUGGCUAAGGAAGCCAAUACAACUUGAUCUUCUAAGUGACUAUAUACCAGAUGACAAUGUUUUAGUUGAAGAAGAGAUACUGGGUCGUAUCAACAAUAAUGCCACUACCAGUACAACCAUGGAAUAUAUCUCCACAACCACUUCACCACCAAUGCUACAACUUCAACUUCAACUAACUUGCCAUUAG